GCGGUUAGACUCCUAGCACAUCCAGUAAAAGAGCCAAUAGAAUUGUCUUUCUUUUUAAUUCGCUUUGCAUCGAUUUUGUACUGACACCCAAAGUACAAAACAAUUGAACGGAGGGGGUUCCAGCGGGGGUAUACAUCGUUUGUUUGCAAUCGAAUUCGCGUGUGCGGGAAGGUCUUGUGUGCAUCAGAGCUUCGACGCUUUGCUGCCCGCAUCCAUUCCGCGCGAAGAGAAAAUCCUAUACGAAAAUUGCUUGUUUCAUGGCAAUCUGGCAGAGAAUGCGCAACGUAUUCGGUUGCGAUGAGCUCAGCAAGAACCGCGACAUCUGGCGAAUGCUCAUGGCCGAAUUCGUCGGCCCACUCUUCCUCGUCCUCAUCGGCUGCGCUUCUUGCGUCGAGGGAUGGAACGAGCAAUAUUCACCACACAUCGUUCAGGUCGCCCUAUCCUUCGGCGUCACCAUAGCCACAAUGGCACAGGCCUUGGGACAUGUUAGCGGUGGCCACUUCAACCCUGCCGUGACGGUGGCCUGCCUCGUGACCGGCAAAAUCACCAUCGUCAAGUCCAUCUUCUACAUAAUAGCCCAAUGUUUGGGCGCCAUAUGUGGAGCUGCUCUUCUCCAGGCAUUGACUCCGACCGAGUUCCACAACACGUUGGGCGUGACAGAGAUUCACAAGGCCCUGACUCCGACGCAGGGCUUCGGUGUGGAAUUCUUCUCCACGUUCACGCUCGUCCUCGUCGUCUUCGGUGUUUGCGAUAGCAAUCGUAAAGACGUCAAAGGAUCGGCACCGUUGGCUAUCGGCCUCUGCAUCGCCACCGCCAUUUUGGCUACCGGAAACUACACGGGUGGCAGUUUGAAUCCGGCUCGAUCCCUCGGCCCUGCAGUCAUCAGCAACAAGUGGAAUUAUCACUGGGUUUACUGGGCAGGACCAAUCAUCGGCGGUGUAGUGGCCGCCCUUCUCUACCAGAAGGUCUUUAAAGCGCGUACGGUCGAAGAAGAAAUCGAACUGGAAUCUUACCAGUACCAAGCCGCCAAUUCAAAGGAGAGCGAAAUUAUCGCUGAUCGAACCACGACCAUCUAAAAA